AUGGAGAAUUGUUUGUUCCUUAUGUGCAAGUUUAGAGGUGUGACAUUGGUUAUCAAGUAUAAUGAUGGAUUUAAUUUCAAGGAUUUAGUAUAUAAAUUAUGUGCAAAGUGGAGUAAGUUAGUUGGUAGUUCUUUGAAUAUAUCGUAUUCAAUGCCUGGACAUUCUUGUUGUGGUCUACAAAGUAAAGAGGAUUUGGAGGUUAUGGUUGGACUGGCACUUUCUUGUGAUAUUCAUCGUAUUGAUGUUUUUGUAAAGUGUUGUUCUUUGGGUGAAGGUUAUAUGAUUUGUGAUGGUGAAGCUAGUAAUAGUGUUGUUUGUGAAACUGAUUUUUUGCCUUCAUUUUAUUCAAAUCUACGGAAACCUUUGCUCUCCGAUGGAUGGAAUGAUAAGGAUCGUGUCACUGUUCAUUGUAAGAGAAGGGCUUAUUUGGGAUGUUUAUGGAACGUGCAUGCUAGAGUGGAAAAUUAUAGUAAAGCUUUUGUUAUUAAACAAUUUGAUGAUGUUCAUACUCGUGGAUCUUCUUUUCGUACAAUUAAACAUGCUAAGAUGACUUCAAGUAUGAUUGGUGGGCUAACUUCAAGUGAUAUUCAUAAUAAGGCUUUGACAUCGGUUAGUGAGGUGGUUUGUGAUUUCAAGGACUAUUAUGGAACAAAAGUUUCUUAUCGGCGAGCUUGGAUAGGUGUUAAAAAAGUAAGGGGUCUUGUUUUUGGUGACUAUUCAUCAUCAUUUGACGAUCUUCGUUGGUAUGUUGAUGCCGCUAAUGCUUGCAAUCUGGGGAGCGUUUUUGAUAUGGAAUUUGAUAUUGAUAGUAAAGGAAGACAUUUCAAAUGCUUGUUUUUCGCUUCUGAGGCAUGUAUUCAUGCUUUCAAGUAUUGUCGGCCUAUGUUGAUGCUUGAUGGAACUUUCUUGAAAGGAAGACACAAAGGUUGUUUAUUAGCUGCUACGGCAAAAGAUGAUUUAUAUCCGUUAUGUUUUGCUAUUGUUGAUAGUGAAAGUUAUGACAGUUGGCAUUGGUUCUUGUCAAAGUUAUUUGUUAUUUUGACUCUAGGGAGGGAUAUUGAGUUUGUUACUGAUCGGCAUGGAGGUUUGCUGAAAGCUUUAGCUGAGACAAACUUGAAGACUUAUUUGUCAGUGAAGAGUCGUGAAUCUAAAGAGUAUUUGCUUACUCUUUUUAGUAGAUGUGCAUAUGCUCCUACUAUUGAGUUGUUUAACGAGCUAUUUGAAGAAUUUAAGGGUUGUUGUGGUCGUAAUGUUGAGAAGUUUCUUGAGAAUUUGCCUAAUAAGUGUUGGUGUAAUACUUAUUUUCAAGGCAAGAGGGAUGAACGCCAUUUGUUUUCAACUAUUCUUGUUGAUACUAUACGGGUGAAACUAAUGGAGCAAUUUUCAAGAAAGAGAGAAGUUGGGAAUAAGUGGAAUCGUAUUGUUUGUCCUUUUGCAGAGAAAAAGUUGGAAAAAACUUUUAAUGAUACAAAAGCAUGGAUAGUUAAGAAAUGUAGCGAUGACAUUUAUAAAAUCCAAUUAGAUCAUUCAGUUAUGGUUGAUAUUGGGAAACGUUCUUGUUCUUGUCGAUUGUGGGAAAUUGAUUAUUUUCCUUGCGAACAUGGUUUUUGUGCUAUAAAGAGGAGUGAGAAGGAUCUGAAUUGUUUUCUUGACGAUUACUAUCGUAUUAGUAGUUAUUGUGAUUCUUAUUCACAUUCUAUCUAUCCAAUUCCUAGUAUAUGGAAGCCAAAUGUAGUUGUUGAUAAUGACGUUGUUUUACCUCCUCUUUAUAAGAGACCAGCUGGACGUCCAAAAACAGAGAGAAUACCUUCUAAGGGCGAAAUCAAGAGAAUUAGGUGCACUAGGUGUGGAAAGAUGGGAACUCAUAAUCGGAUGACAUGUAAAGAAGCUUUGCUUUAG